CUCUGCAGAUGUGCACACAUGAGUGUGGUGUGUGUGUGUGUGUGAGAGAGAGAGAGAGACAGAGAGAGAGUUGUGUUAGGGUGAGGGAAACUGCAGGUCAUGGAGUCCUGCAGAUGUGCGUGCCUGUGUGUGGGUGUCUGUGUGUGUUUGCGCCUGUGUGCGUGUCUAUGUGCCUGGAGCUGCGCGUGCUGGUCUGAGAGUCCUCCAGGGUUGGGUUGGGGGAGGCGGGUGCAGGACCAAGGCCUGAAGAGCCAACAAAGAGGCCCUGGGGGAGAGUGGGACGGCCGAGGACAGGAGGGGUGGCCAGGGAAGUCGCAAGAAAACUCGGGCCCCCAAGAAAGAGAGAGGCUUGGGGUGCGAAGCCGACAUCAAGGCCGGGGUCUUUGCUGUUUAGACGCCUGGGUUCCCGGAUCCCGGACACGCGCACGGGCAGGAAGUUAGACCAGACACAGCGACCAGAGUUUCCGCUUCCCUCCGGGCGUGGGGAGAGGGGAGCCAGGCAGAGCCUGGGCCCUGCCGCCGCCGCCAUGUGGCCCCCGGACCCCGACCCCGACCCAGACCCCGAGCCCGCCAGCGGCUCCCGAGCCGUCCCCGUAGUUCCGGGGCUCCGCGCCCUGCUGCCGGCGCGCGCCUUCCUCUGCUCGCUCAAAGGCCGCCUCCUGCUGGCCGAGUCCGGUCUCUCGUUCAUCACUUUCAUCUGCUACGUGGCGUCCUCAGCAUCUGCCUUCCUCACAGCACCUCUGCUGGAGUUCCUGCUGGCCUUGUACUUCCUCUUUGCUGAUGCCAUGCAGCUGAAUGACAAGUGGCAGGGCUUGUGCUGGCCCAUGAUGGACUUCCUGCGCUGUGUCACCGCAGCCCUCAUCUACUUUGCCAUCUCCAUCACAGCUGUCGCCAAGUACUCGGAUGGGGCUUCCAAAGCCGCUGGGGUGUUUGGCUUCUUUGCCACCAUCGUGUUUGCAAUUGACUUCUACCUGAUCUUUAACGAAGUGGCCAAAUUCCUCAAACAAGGGGACUCUGCAGAUGAGGCCACAGCACGCAAGACAGAAGAAGAGAAUUCUGACUCGGACUCUGACUGACGGCCUGGUGGUGCCCUGGCAACCUGAGCCACACGGGCCUCCACCCCUGCACCUCACAGGGGAUGCUGACAUUGGAGGGGAGGUCCGGACUUCUGCGUUGCAGAGGGGGCUGCAGACACAGCAGGCCCCCACAGCCUCAGGUCCCGCUUGAGCCCAGCCUACCAGGCUUGCCCCUCAGCUCAGCACUGUUGACCAUGCUGUGCAUGGGGGCAUCUUGGGUAUCCCACCCCUUCUCCCCAUUUCUGUCCCACAGGCCUUCAGCCCUUCAACCUUUCUGACAAAAACCAGCACAAGGAGUCAAAGCAGAGCCCUGUCUCCACCUGGGCAGCAGGCAUUCCACACUGUUAGGCGGCAGGGGUCGGGGGAGGUCUUCUGUGUUUCACUAACAAGAACAAAGACAGAAACUGUGACAGGGCUACCCCGCCAGGCCCAGUGGGUUUGUCUGCAUUUAGUGCUUCUGCCCACGCCAUGCACUUUGGUGACAAUGACCCAAGAAUCUUUGGUUCAAGGAGCACCAGUUCCUCUUCAUUGCUGAAGCAGGGAGAAACUGACCUUUGCCUUAUCGCCCAGGAGAGAGUGGGGCUCGGCACCCAGAACUGACACCAACCACCCUUGGAAACCAUGUCUUCUGGGAGUAAGAUGACCAUUCUGGGUCUAAGACUGUUUAAAGAAGAGCUCAUAGACUGACUGAUCGCAAAGACAGAGGGUACCAAACAGUGAUGUCACAGUGACAGUGUCACAGGGAGCUGGGCAGGCCCAGCCAAACCCUCCUUCUUCCUAGAGCCCAGUCAGCAGGCAGGAGUUCCUGGGACCCUCAGGAUGGUGAACUUCCAGACCCCAGAGCAGGUCUAUGGGCCACGCCGGGAGAUGAUACCAGCCUUCUGUGUUCACCUAAGGACUUAUACUGUGUAUCUUUGAUGGACUUUUAUAACUUUUUAUAUUUUUUUAAAUAUAAAAGCAGCUUCUUAACAGAUGGCAUUUUCUGUGACUCUAGGCCUUGUGAAGGAGCCAGAGUUUGGAGGAUUUAUGGCCUUAUUCUCUUGCAUGUGAAUCUCUUACUCUGAAAAAAAGCCAUAAUGAAUGAAGCCAGACUGACCACUUGCAUGGAGUGUGUGUUUGAAAACCCAGAGCAAUACUAUCUGGUAUCAUAUCAGGUUCAAUACCAACUGGCAACACUGGUGUGGAUCCUGAGAGCCUUCAGUCUUAGCAACAAUACACAUGAAAUCUGAGUACCAUUUAAUCCUUUCAGUGGUCCCUAACCUUUUUGGCACCAGGGACCUGUUUCGUGGAAGACAGUUUUUCCACGGACCAGGGAUUGGGGGAUCAGUUGGGUUGAGGGUGGGAGGGGAUGGUUUCAGGACGAAACUUCAUCUCAGAUCAUUAGGCAUUAGAUUCUCAUAAGGAGCACACAACCUAGAUCCAUGGCAUGCAGUUUUUAAUAGGAUUUGAGUUCCUCCGAGAACCUAAUGGCACUGCUGAUAUGACAGGAGGCGGAGCUCAGGCGGUAAUGCUGUGCGGUGUGGCUCCUAACAGGCCCCAUGGUACCAGUCCACUGCCCAGGGGUUGAGGACCCAUGCUCUAGUUCUCAACACUAUGCUGUUUUACAAACAAAAAACUGAGACAAAGGUUGAGUAACUGGCCCAGGGCUCUCUCACACAUCAGGAUAGUGUCUCACGGCAGCCUCAGGCAGCCAGAACCCAGGCUCUCCUGGUUUGGAAGCUGAUUGCAUAACAGCCCGGAGAGUGGCAGCCCUGGAGGACUCCAGUCAGCAUUCUUGUCCAGGCUGAGGGGAAAAGACAAGACUUUCUGGCCAAACUUUCACACACCACAUGUACUGAAAAUGUGUAUGAAAGCUGGGUGUGCAGGAAUGGAGAGGCCGCUGGUGGAAUAUAUGUUCCACCCUGUCAGCCCUGGCAAAGCUGCAAAGCUGGUGUCAGAGAGCCUUGUUCCACCUUGAGGAUCAUGGCUCUGUUCAACCUGUUUCAGGAACUGGAUCUGUUGCCUUUAAGGAGCAGAGGAGGCCAGUCAGAGUGAAGAAAGAGACAACGACAUCCUUACACGUCCAUUUAUUAAACAAGAGUUCCUUCAUGACAAUUUAAUACAAUAGUUAUUAACGAUUAGUGUUGAGAAAAUUAUUUCCUUCUACAUACAAAAAUACAGAUUUGAACACUAUGAAAACGAUCAAGACAAGUACCAUGAAAAAUUGGUCCUUCAAAAGAAAGGGGGGAAAGUGAGGGCAAUGUGAGGCUUUGUCUGCUGUCGGGGACAAAUCAAUAGCAGCAAAGCUUUGGGGUCCCAACCCACUCCAGACAUACAGACUUGAACCCAAGAGCCCGUGAGCUGGGGGCGCCCACCCAGGGCUUCAGCGUUAGCUGGAAAACCAAACACAUAAACCAAAGUUUGCUCAAUGGGCAUCACCUCAGAAAGCCCACAGUUGUGUCUUGAAACAGCCAAAAUGAGAGAGAUUUAACAAGUAAAAUGCGAUUGUUAACACUGCCCCCCAAAAGUGCCACCAGGUGAAGUACCACGGAUAAAUCAUAUUGGAAAGUUACUACUUAGCUGUCUGACUUGACAUCCUUUCUUAUCAAAUAAUUACAUAUUCUGACCCUUUAGAAAGACACUUCAAAAGCUAUGAUUUUAUGUUUCAAUUCAUCUGUACCUUCAUUUGCAAUGGCUCAGCUAGUUUACUCAAGGGUUUUGGAAACCAGACAGAACUCACGUCCUGCAGGAAGGAAAGUCAAAAGGGCCACUAAAGAGUAUGUGUCUGUGUCUUAGUGUCAUCCAGCUCCUCACAGCAAACAGCCUGUUCUUUUCAGGCCUGAAACCCAGCAAGGGCCACCAAGUCUAGCCAGAGUCCACAACAAACCAAUCUGAGAUCAGAGUGGAAGGUGAGAGCCCGGGAGCCGGCUGGGGCCCCUGGAAGCUUCCCACUCCACAGGGGCAGGAAGGUGGCGCCUCGCAGGAUACCCACGCUGAUCCUGGAAGGGGCCUGGGCCAGAGAAUAUGCUUGGGCUCAGUUAACCAGCUCAAACCACAGGGGAAGGAGCUGGUCACCAGCUUCUCACCAUUUUAUACCCAAAGACAAGGAGGUCAGGGCUCCGAUGCCACUCUUUCAUUUGUAAAAUAUGGAACCACUUUCUUUGCACUGUUUGAGGGGAGCAGUGGCUCCAGACUGAGUAAGUGGUUAAAAAAUGCCAAAUGCUAUGAUACUGACUUAUAAUUAUUUCACAGAAAUAUACUCUUACUCUCAAACUAUUUAAAUAAGCAGGAACAAGAUGUGGGAGAAGCAGCAGCAGAGAGGAAAGAGGAAUAGCCAGGGAAUUUUUUUUUUUGUUUUUUUCUUCUUUAAAAUACAUACAAAGUGUAAAGAGAAAAUGGCCAAAACCUCAAAACUACCAUUGUUGAAAACAAUAUUAAAAGGACACAAUCUAAAAUCAUGCUACAAAAAUAGUGUUAUCUGGUUAACUAAAUGUACAUCUUUUUCCAAUUCCAUGAUUGACAAGAGUGCUUAUGCAACGCAUGGAAGGCACCAGAGGUGAAGUGAUUAUUUGCCUUAAAAUAUACAAAGACAGAAUUGCCUACUU